AGGAGCAGAGAGCAGCCAUUGCUGUGUCUGGCAGCAGAGGUGUGAAGAAGACAUCUGGUGAGCGUGAGACACCUAGCAGCCAUGCGCAAGUGUCAGGAGGACUGAGCAGGUCCCAGAGCCCCAUCACGGUGCCUCCACCUCACUCACUGAUACAUGAGAGACACAGUGACCAGAAGAUCCAGGAACUCACCAACAAGAUCAUUCCACUGCUGACUGGACAGGAGGGGGAGUAUAUAGAGGAAUACAGGGGUCUGUACAAGGACGUGAUGAUGGAGAAUCACUGGCCCCUCACAUCACUGGAUGGGCCCAGUAACAGAGAUACCCCAGAGAGAUGUCCCCGUCCUCUGUAUUCCCAGGAUUGUACAGAGGAGAAUCACAGGAUCCCACAGGAGGUUCAGGUACAACGUCUGUCUGAUAUUAAAACAGAAAAUAUAAAGGGAGAGGAAGAGACGUAUGUGACUGAUAUAAAGGCAGAAGAUAUAGAGGGAGAAGAAGAGACGUAUGUGACUGAUAUGAAGGCAGAAGAUAUAGAGGGAGAAGAAGAGACGUAUGUGACUGAUAUAAAGGCAGAAGAUAUAGAGAGAGAAGAAGAGACGUAUGUGACUGAUAUAAAGGCAGAAGAUAUAGAGGGAGAAGAAGAGACGUAUGUGACUGAUAUAAAGGCAGAAGAUAUAGAGGGAGAAGAAGAGACGUAUGUGACGGGUGAUCAGCAGUGUAAGGAGGAUGAGAUCCCUACAGAUAUCAGCACAGAUGGACACACAAGCAGGAAUAUAUCAGAAGGACAUCUAAUGUUAUCCCCGGAUUGUGACAUAAAAGAUAAUGACAGUAGACAGGAUUCUCCAGGAACUAACCCCAUUACCCCAAUUAUAAAUCCAGCUCUAUCAGCUGAUUCCUCUGAUCCUGGGAAAUGUUCUCUUGAUCUCUCUGAUAUUGGUGCAUCUGUUACAGCUCUGAGAGUAGAUACAGAGUUUCCAUGUGCUAUAGAUGCCAAAUGUUUUACACAGAACACAAAGCCUAUUAACCCACACACAGGUAAGGCAGGUGAGAGGCCAUUUCUAUGUUCUGAGUGUGGGAAAUGUUUUGCACGCAAAUCAGAUCUUGUUAAACAUCAGAGACGUCACACAGGUGAGAAGCCAUUUCCAUGUUCUGAGUGUGGGAAAUGUUUUGCACACAAAUCAGAUCUUGUUAAACAUCAGAGACGUCACACAGGUGAGAAGCCAUUUCCAUGUUCUGAGUGUGGGAAAUGUUUUGCACAUAAAUCAGAUCUUGUUACACAUCAGCGAAGUCACACAGGUGAGAAGCCAUUUCCAUGUUCUGAGUGUGGUAAAUGUUUUGCAAGCAAAUCAUAUCUUGUUAUACAUCAGAGAAGUCACACAGGUGAGAAGCCGUUUCCAUGUUCUGAGUGUGGGAAAUGUUUUACAAACAAAUUACAUCUUGUUAGACAUAACAGAAAUCACACAGGUGAGAGGCCAUUUUCUUGCUCUGAGUGUGGGAAAUGUUUUAUCCAGAAAUCAAAUCUUGUUAAACAUCAAAGAAGUCACACAGGUGAAAAUCCAUUUCCAUGUUCUGAGUGUGGGAAAUGUUUUGCACACAAAUCAGUUCUUGUUAUACAUCAAAGAAGUCACACAGGUGAGAGACCAUUUUCUUGCUCUGAGUGUGGGAAAUAUUUUAUCCAGAAAUCAGAUCUUGUUAAACAUCAAAGAAGUCACACAGGUGAGAAUCCAUUUCCAUGUUCUGAGUGUGGGAAAUGUUGUUUAAGUAAAUCACAUCUUGUUAAACAUCACAGAAGUCACACAGGUGAGAAGCCAUUUCCAUGUUCUGAGUGUGGGAAAUGUUUUGCACACAAAUCAGGUCUUGUUACACAUCAGAGAAGUCACACAGGUGAGAAGCCAUUUCCAUGUUCUGAGUGUGGGAAAAUUUGUUUCAGUAAAUCACAUCUUGUUAUACAUCACAGAAGUCACACAGGUGAGAAGCCAUUUCCAUGUGCUGAGUGUGGAAAAUGUUUUGCACACAAAUCAGGUCUUGUUACACAUCAGAGAUGUCACACAGGUGAGAAUCUAUUUUCUUGCUCUGAGUGUGGGAAAUGUUUUACCCAAAAAUCAUAUCUUGUUACACAUCAGCGAAGUCACACAGGUGAGAAGCCAUUUCCAUGUUCUGAGUGUGGGAAAUGUUUUGCACACAAAUCAGAUCUUGUUAAACAUCAGAGAAGUCACACAGGUGAGAAGCCAUUUCCAUGUUCUGAGUGUGGGAAAUGUUUUGCAUACAAAUCAGAUCUUGUUAUACAUCAGAGAAGUCACACAGGUGAGAAGCCAUUUUCUUGCUAUGAGUGUGGGAAAUGUUUUACAUGGAAAUCACAACUUGUUACACAUCAGCGAAGUCACAAGUGAGAAGCCAUUUCCAUGUUUUGAGUGCUGGAAAUGUAUUGCACACAAAUCAGAUCUCAUUAAACAUGAGAGCAGUCACACAGGUGAGAAGCCGUUUUCUUGCUCUGAGUGCAGGAAAUGUUUUACACAAAUCACAUCUUGUUACGUGUCAGCGAAGUCACAGGUGAAAAUCCAUUUCCAUGUUCUGAGAUUGAGAAAUGUUUUGCACACAAAUCAUAUCUCGUUAGACAUAACAGAAGUCACACAUGUGAGAAGCCAUUUUCUUGCUAUGAGUGCAAAAUGUUUUACAUGGAAAUCACAACUUGUUACACAUCACAGAAGUCACACAGUUGAUAGGCCAUUUUCUUGUUCUGAGUGAAAUGUUUUACACAGAAAUCACAACUUGUUAAACUUCAGCGAAGUCACACAUACUCUGAGAAAUAAAUCAGCUCUUGUUGCACACAAUAGACAUCACUCAGGUGAGGAACCAUUUUACUCUUCUGGAGUAUACUUAUCAUUGCCAUGCGUUCUUCUUCAAGGUUCUUAUCCUAUCUCCUAUGCUUUUUGCAAUAUACAUGCUACCGCAGGGUGAAAUAAUCAGAUGUCAUGCCAUCAUCUACCACUGCUAUGCAGAUGACCUGUCUAUUGCUCCGGGUACUGAGAACCCAGUACCAAUCCUAAAUGGUUGUCUAGCUGAGCUUCAGGUGUGGGUGAUGCCAGUUGGCUGUGACUCAGUCCUGGCAAAACAUGUCCUUAUGAUAGAAGCUCACCAACAAAGGGCAGGGCUACAGCUCAGCUUUGUUACCAACCAGAAUUACGCUUGUGGGUUCAGAGUUACAAAAUGCUGAUCCUGUGCGAAAUCUUGGUAUCCUGGAUGGUGGAGUGACACUUAGACAUCAGGUAUCAGCCACAAUCAGAUCCUCAUCUGAUGAACAUAGCCAGACUCCAGCACUUCUUUCCCUCAGAAGAUCUACCUACAGUCAUACAUGCACUUGUAUCAUCACACAUAGACUACUACAAUGUCCUCUACCUGGGUCUCCCAACAAAAGAAUUGCACCGCUUGUAGCUUGUACAGAAUGCAGCAGCCAGGCUGUUAACUAACCAGCCCGUUCCUGCCACAUAACACCCAUUCUCUGCUCCCUUCACCAGCUGCCUGUAAGAUGGUGACUGUUACAUAAUCUUACUGACUCCCAAUCCUACAUGACCAAGGUCACAGGUACCAGAAGCAGCUUCUGCCUCCUUACUGCCUGGUUACUUCCAUCUGCAGAUGAAGGACUUACCAGGAGUACCAAGAAUCCCCAAGCAGUUCUGAGAUGACAUGGUGGGUGGCACUAUUGCUGUAGCAGGGGCUGCCGGAGGCACUGUCUGUGGGUAAUGUUGUCCCCAAGUAGUGCUAAGGUGGAAGAGGGGUGGCAAGCAGUAGGGGAGAAA